AUGUCACUCUUUUCACUCCCUCAUGUCUUGCGACGUAGUGUGCCUUCCGAUGGUAGUGAGAAUGCACCCGCUGUACGUCCUUCUGUAAUAAGCACGGAUCAUUUGAAUGCUCAGCUCCUUCAAGAAGCUCAACACGUGGAGCAACAUCUUUUUUUUGGUCCACAACAGUCGGUAUUUGAAGGUGAACGACAGCGUGUGAUCCAUGGCGAACGCAAGAUACAGAAGAACAAUAAACGUUUUUGGCUCAUGUCAGAUCCACUUAGUAUGGAACGUGACAGCACGACGUCAAUCAUUGGAUUUCCAACGGAACCACUGACGCGCGUCGGUGGUCUUGGGAGUAAAAUGUCGGCUGCAACACGUUUUAUUGGACAAAAAGUGGCGCAAAUGAAGUUUUCACCGUCUCAUGUAAAUGAAGAUUCAUUCUGUGAUGGAUGUGGAAUGGAUCCUAUUGUAGGCAACAUGUAUUCCUGCUCCAAGUGUGUCAACUAUCACUUGUGUGAAGGCUGUUAUCAAUUGGGGAUGCAUGGUUUUGAAGAAUCCAAGCUAUUGGUUGAUGUGCGAGAAGACUUUGCUCUACGUAAAGUCAUGGAAGUUUCCAAGAACAAAGUGCCAGAGGAAGUGUUUACGGUCCUACUCAAGACGGUGUGUCGUGGACAGGUGGACAAGUUUAACUUUCUUGCAAAAUGGAUUACGGCUGUCGUGCUUGACCAGCCUGUUCAUACACUUGAGGUGCGGGGUAUUGAGAUCCCACACCUUGAUCUGGAAACGCGGGGGACACUUGUGCAGCUGCUUACGCCGGUACUAGCAGACCGAACGGACUUGGAAGUUUGCAUGGAGUGGUUUUGUCCGGACGCUGAUAAUAUGGAUUUGCCUGGUGUGCAGCGUCGCAUGGAAACGAUUCGUAUAUGGGUGGCAACGGACAAGGACCAGAAGUCGCCUUUUGCAACGAAUGAAAGUCUGAAGGAUGAAGACACGGACUCGGACAUGUCUCCAACAAGUGCCAGUGGGGACGUCAUUGGCUCGCCUGGCCCGGCCAGCCCGGUGUCGAAAUCGCCAUGUGCUACGCCACCUCCGUCUCCUCGUCGCAAAUCUACUGGAGCAACGUCAAUGACUUCUGAGGAUUCGCCACAGAAUUCUCCUCCGCGUCUUGACACACUGACACUCACCGACAAGAGUGCUGAAUACAGUUACGUGGAUGACGAAGAUUACAUGUCAGACUCGGUUAAGAGCGAUAUUGAACCGCGGAAAGUCGACAGUUUGUCUCCUUUUUCUGGUCACCGAUCGGAGGGCAUUCACAUGUAA